AAAGCGUUGUAAUUUAUUCAGGAGUCAGAAGAGGUGAGAAGUUCACGCAUGGCUUAGUUCUUCUGGCACUAGCAAGAGGCUGGGAAGGCACUGCAGUACCAUUCAUCUUCAGAAAUAUAAUGCUGACCUCCAAGAGGAAGCUCCAUCUAAUAUAAACCCUACACGCCUUGAGUACUUGGGACACGGCAUGAAAGGGCAUCUCUCAGGCUAAAUCGCUGGACUUCCUCUAUACUAGGGAUCGCUGAUGAGUGAGCCAGCAGUUGGAUGUUUAGCAGGCUGUGACGACUUUGCACGGAAAUAUGAAAAUUUAUUACCAGCUUGCCACAUCAGCGCUUGCCCUGCCUGCCUUUGCUCUUUCCCUUCUGAUGUAUACUCCCAUUCCAUCUGACAGUCAUCCCUUGCUCUGGCCCCUACUUUCCCAUCCCCCGCAGAGUACUGCUGGUCUAAACUGUCACCCGAGUCGUCCUGCGUCCUGCAUCCUGGCUGUCAUUUUUGAAGAACACAAGAUUUUUGUUUUGUUUGCCUGUGUGUGUGUGUGUGUGUGAUUCUUAUUAACCUUAUUGCUUUCUGUGUGACCUUGUCUAUGGGACAAAAAGGGUAUUUGUGCAGCCCCAAAAGUAUGUACGGUGGGGUGGGGGAGAAGGAAGCAAAAGGGGAAGGGAGUAGAGGGAGAGUCAGGGAGGAAGGAGGAGAGACUGCGAGAGCCGAGCUGAGCAGCAGGCCGACACGAGCUGCCAGCCAAUCAGAGACGCGCUCGGGAGCUGCAGAGACCCAGCCUGGGAGCCUGGGGCUGGAGGUGCGGAGCCGGAGCCUGGGCUCUCCGAGGACCGUGAGCAGCAGUGCCCAGAGCUCUGAGAAAGUGCCCCCUGUGCUUCUCAUAAAUUAAGUUCCUUUCCAGCAGUUAGGGCAAGUCAGCCAAGCCCUGGGCCCGUGUGUAGCAGAGGACUGCGGUGUAUGGCCUCAUUUGGAGAGAAGUUGCUUAAUCCUGUGGAAACUUGAUGCCUCCGGGAAGAAACUUGCUUAUGAAGGUGGAAAAUGAUGAUCUGUGCUAACCUACAGUGACAACUUGGGAUACAAUGGCUGCCCCUGUGUUUCUACUCAUGCAUAGGAUGUGAAUAUGGUCUGACCUUUCCCUGAUGGGCAGCUAAAUCAUGGACAGAUUAAAUGACUUACUUUGGACUGUCCUUCCAAAAGAUGCUUUGGCUUGUCUCUUGAAUGCAUACUGAGCCCUUGCAGGCCACGAAGACAAGAAGGACUGUGAACGGGAAGCGAUCUUACAAUGAGAAUUACGAGCACAUCUUGCAUCUGUCCAGUCCUCGUGUGUCUCUGUUUUGUGCAGAGGUGUUAUGGAACUGCUCACCACAGCUCCAUUAAGGUGACCAGAAACCAAACCAAACACACUGAAGGGGAAACUGAAGUACACCAUCGUCCCAAGAGGGGAUGGGUAUGGAACCAGUUCUUUGUUUUAGAAGAACAUAUGGGACCAGACCCACAGUAUGUUGGAAAACUGCACUCCAACUCCGACAAAGGUGAUGGUUCUGUCAAGUACAUCCUGACUGGAGAAGGGGCCGGGACUAUAUUUAUCAUUGAUGACACCACAGGUGACAUCCACUCAACCAAAAGCCUGGACAGAGAGCAGAAGACUCACUAUGUGCUCCAUGCCCAGGCUAUUGACAGACGGACAAACAAGCCUCUUGAACCUGAGUCUGAGUUCAUCAUCAAAGUGCAAGAUAUUAAUGACAAUGCCCCAAAGUUCACAGAUGGACCAUACAUCGUUACUGUGCCUGAAAUGUCAGAUAUGGGUACCUCUGUUCUGCAGGUGACAGCUACAGAUGCAGAUGACCCCACCUAUGGGAACAGUGCUCGAGUUGUUUACAGUAUCCUGCAAGGACAACCUUAUUUCUCUGUAGAUCCUAAAACAGGAGUCAUUCGAACAGCUUUACACAACAUGGAUAGAGAAGCCAGAGAGCAUUACUCAGUGGUCAUUCAAGCCAAAGACAUGGCUGGGCAAGUUGGCGGACUUUCUGGAUCCACCACUGUCAAUAUUACCUUGACUGAUGUCAAUGACAACCCACCACGGUUCCCACAGAAACACUAUCAACUGUAUGUUCCUGAGUCUGCUCAAGUUGGUUCAGCUGUUGGGAAAAUCAAAGCAAAUGAUGCAGACACAGGAUCAAAUGCAGAUAUGACCUACUCCAUCACUAAUGGAGACGGGAUUGGAGUGUUCUCUAUCUCCACGGACAAGGACACCAGAGAAGGAAUACUUUCCUUAAAAAAGCCACUGAACUAUGAGAAAAAGAAGUCUUACACACUCAACAUUGAAGGAGCAAACACACAUCUGGAUUUCCGUUUUUCCCACUUGGGUCCAUUUAAGGAUGCCACCAUGCUGAAGGUUAUUGUUGGGGAUGUGGAUGAGCCACCACUCUUUUCUAUGCCUUCCUAUGUCAUGGAAGUCUAUGAAAAUGCCAAGAUUGGGACAAUUGUUGGCACUGUCUUGGCUCAGGAUCCAGACAGUGCUAACAGCUUAGUAAGGUAUUUCAUCAAUCACAGUACUGAAGAGGAGAGAUUUUUCAAUAUUGAUGCCAAUACUGGAACCAUUAAGACAUCAAAAGUACUGGAUAGAGAAGAAACACCAUGGUACAAUAUCACAGUGACUGCUUCAGAAAACGACAAUCCUGAUUUGCUGAGCCAUGUCUCCGUGGGUAUUAGAGUUCUGGAUGUCAAUGACAAUCCACCUGAACUUGCCAGGGAAUAUGAUAUUGUUGUCUGUGAGAAUUCUAAGCCUGGUCAGGUUAUCCACACCAUCACUGCCACUGAUAAAGAUGACUUUGCCAAUGGACCGAGAUUUCAUUUUUUUCUUGAUGAGCGCCUGCCCAUGAACCCAAAUUUCACACUUAAGGACAAUGAAGAUAACACAGCCAGCAUUCUGACAAGGCGGAGGAGAUUUAGUCGAACUAUGCAGGAUGUGUAUUAUCUGCCCAUUAUGAUCUCUGACGGUGGAAUCCCCUCUCUCAGCAGCAGCAGCACCCUCACCAUCAGGGUUUGUGCAUGCGAGAGAGAUGGGCGCGUGCGGACCUGCCAUGCAGAAGCCUUCCUGUCCUCCGCUGGUUUGAGCACAGGAGCCCUAAUCGCUAUUCUUCUCUGUGUUGUCAUUCUUCUUGCCAUUGUGGUCCUUUUUAUCACCUUGAGGCGUGGCAAAAAAGAGCCCUUGAUCAUUUCCGAGGAGGAUGUGCGAGAGAAUGUGGUGACAUAUGAUGACGAGGGAGGAGGGGAGGAAGACACCGAAGCCUUCGACAUCACAGCUUUGCGGAAUCCUGCCGCAGCAGAGGAGUUCACGUACCGCAGAGACAUUCGGCCUGAAGUGAAGCUCACUCCGAGACAUCAGACCUUGUCCACCCUGGAGAGCAUAGACGUUCAGGAGUUUAUUAAGCAAAGACUCGCAGAAGCCGACCUGGACCCCAGCGUGCCCCCUUAUGACUCUCUUCAGACUUAUGCCUACGAGGGCCAGCGGUCAGAAGCUGGGUCUAUCAGCUCACUGGACUCCGCAACCACGCAAUCAGACCAGGAUUAUCACUACCUUGGAGACUGGGGGCCCGAGUUUAAGAAGUUAGCUGAACUCUAUGGAGAAAUAGAAUCUGAAAGAACAACUUAGGGGGUUCCUUUUUUUUUUUUUUUUUUUUUUUUUUUUUGGAGCUAUGUAGAAUUUGCUUCCUGACCAAGUGGAGAUAUGACCUCAAUAGGACAAGGAAGUCAAGCCGAAACAGUACUUGGAACUGAGCAAGCUGUACACAGCUCCUGUAGAAACAAGUGCCCUUUUUAUGAUCAGAAAAAAAAAAAUGGGUUAUUUAAUUGGAAGAAAGUCAAAUAUUAAAAGUAAUAAUAAUAACAGAUUAAAAAGUUAUUGUCCCUUGUGUAUAUUUUCAAAUGCUCAAUAAAGUCUAUGGUACUGUUUAAUUAAGAAUAUAUGAACAAAGCCCAACAGUGAAUAUUUAUUUCAUGAUAUUGUGACUUAUUUUUUUCCCCAAAGCAAGAAUUAAACAAAGGAGGUUUAAAAAUCACUGUCAGAUCCUUACACUGGACAUGGAAACAUACAGAGGCGGUCAUAGCCUCCUUUAAAGUUUUCUGGGUGGAACUUCGAGACCCCUAGUCUGCUAUUGUAACAGAUCUCACUAUGCUGUUCCUUUGCUGAAAUUACACGAGGUAUCCCCUGCGUUCCAGGCGACUCUGACGUGGACUUGAAUAUCCCGUUUUUCCUCAGCCCUCCCCACUUCUGUUCUCCAUCACACAAAGCUGAUGGAGCCUGGGGGUUUGCUGCCUGCACUAUGACAUAUGCAACUUCAGUGCGCUGGACAUGCGCUGUUCUCAGCAUGGAGACGAAGUUCUCUGUCCCACCCAUCAUACCUUAUGUUAACAGGAGACAUCUUUUUAAAAUGGAUAGAAUGAAAGGACUCUGAUCAUCAGAUACGUCAGGGAACUUUCGAUUUAAAAGAUAAACCUCAUCCUGUUUAAAACAUGGAAAACCUUUCUUUUCUCUCCAUUCUUAUGCCCUUUCGUUUUAGUACGUUUGUACCUUAAACUGGUUGUCUUUUUUUUUUUUUUUUUUUUCUCUCUGACUCGUUUAUACUUCAUCAUGGUUCAAGUAUCUUAGGUAGUCUUCUGUAAUGUGUAGGUCACAUAUGUACCACCUCUUGUUCUUUAGCUGCCUUCAUCCUUCUCAGUUACACUCCUUAGUCCUUGCACAUGUGGUAUUUACAAGAGAAUACAUAGGAGCAGGCCAAAGAAAUGAAGGAAUCACUCAGAUAACCCCUGAAAAGAUCCCAAGGGUCUAUGUAUUUCAGGGUCCCCAACUGCAGAAUAGAAGUGACAGUAAUUUUCCUGCCUACCUCACAGGGCUGUUGUGAGGGCAAAGCAGGCACUGUUUUCACAAGUACAAAGUACUCUGCUACCUGAAGAUUUGCACACAUCUAAAUUACCAAUGCUAUUAGCUUCAACAUAUAGACAUACAUACACUUCACUAGACGAUGAUCUUCGGAUGAGAAAAUUUUGCGAAACCUUCAAGAAUGAAGCUACUGUUAACAUAAAUAUGUAAUAUAAAAUACUAAUAAUUUUAAUAUUUUCCAAAAUGUCAUCUUCUUUAUAAUUUCUUGGGGCUUUUUAAACUUUUAAUUAAGGAAUAUAUCAUUCCCGUGUUCUGGGGGCUUUAUGUAAAAAAUAAAUAGAACAUUAAGGUACUACACUUUGAAAUUACCUCGUCUAUGUAUUCCUGGUAAAUUGGAAUUUUUAAACACAUAAGGUAUAAACUAUUUGAAGGAAUAUAUGUUUUUCAUUUAAUCUUUAAAUUUAUUAUAAUAUAAUGGCCCCAAACGUUCUAUGAUGCUUUCUGAUUCCACCCUUGUGCAAAUUUUGGGACUGUGACUCUGUUUGAAACUGCCUUGUGCUGCUGUCAUAUUCCAGUUUUGAGGUUUGGCAACUGAGUUUAAUUUGAAUAACUCUCAGUUUGUGUUCUAAGCCUGGGGAAUAAAGUGGAAUCCAAGCUUUUUACAACAUCUUAGCUUCCCAGAUGCUGCUUUCUCGUUUUUUUAAACAAACAACAGGAUGCAUUCCUGUGUGUGGCUAAAUCAAAAAGCACAGAGAGGCUGAAGGACCAGCCUAAGGCUACGCAUGGUCUCAUUAGGCUAACAAGGAAGCAUCCCUUACCUGAGGAGAGAGCACACCCCGCGUCCAGUGCAAUGAGUGUGGAUGUUGUCCUUUCCUCUGAGAGGGCCAGGAGAGUCUGGUUUUCACAGUCCAUUCAAGUUUUAGAUUGAGAUUUUGCAAAAUUUACUCAUAUUUUAAAUAUAUAAAUAUACUGACCGCAUUAUUCACAAAUGAGUGCUUACAGGAUGAAACUAUGGGUGUCCUUUCAACUCGGUCAAAGUUAAUGUCUACCCUAUUGUUAUGAGUAUUAAAAUCUUUCCAUAGUGUCUUGGAAUGCGGGGUUAUAACUGUUACCUAAUUCUAAAUACAUAUCAAUUAUAAUGAUAUAUUGCUUCUAACUCUCUGAUGUUAAUCUAAGUAUGAAGAUAGAUUUGGACCUUUUUGAGUCUGGGAGUAGUUGAAGUUCCUGUAAAAUUUGUUAAUAAGGCCAAUCUCGGUCCUACAUUUGAUAUGGACUCUGAAAGGCAAACGUUAUUUAAUUAUUUUAAGUACAAACCAGGUUUCAUGGCUCUAUUUCUAGUCUUCGAAUCAAGAAAAUAGCAAUUAAAUAUCAUGCUCUGUGAAUUGGUCACUCACUUAACCCUCAAUAGGUUACUUUUUAAACCUACAGUUUAAUAAAUAUAAAAGGAAAGCUUGCAUAGAGUUCAGAGAGCUAUUUCCAUAUGUACUGUUUGCUUACUUUAAAUGCAAUAAUAGCUACCGAUCCACACACCACUGAUGCCUUGAUGAAUAUUUUCCAAAUCAAGUUUAUACUUGACAUAAUACAGCAUCAAUUAACUAUCAAUGUACUACUUAUUUUAUAGAUCUAUUCUAUACAAAUGGGGGGUUUAUAAACCUAAAAGAAAUACUAACUGAAAAUAUUUUUCUUUACCUAAGGUGUGUCUCUUAGCAGCAUUUAUUAGUGCACAGAGAUUGAGAAACAUUUUUUUUUCUUUUUUUGUAGAAACCACUACAGAGUAUGUCAGAAAUGCAUGCUUCAGUGAAUCUGUUGAAAUACUGAAUAAAUUUCAACGGGAUUAAAAAUGAAA